UCCGAAAAACUCAACAUUGAAAGCGGAAAUCGAAAACAAAAAGGAGAAUUAGGGUUUAAUGGAUUUCACAUCAGGGAAGAAUGCAUCAGAGAACAACAAUACCAACUCCGAAAAUGCUCACCAAAUCGUAGACUCUUCAUCUCAAUUUGCAUCGGAUUCUUACAGUACCAAAGAAACCGAAGAGCGACAAGCUCGUGAACUCAAAGCUGGUCUUCAUCCUCUUAAGAGCAAAUUUGUAUUUUGGUACACUCGUCGAACACCUGGAAUUCGAAAUCAAUCAUAUGAGGACAACAUAAAGAAGAUUGUUGAAUUUAGUACGAUUGAAGGAUUUUGGGUCUGUUAUUGCCAUAUUGCUCGUCCUUCUUCUUUGCCUAGUCCAACAGAUUUGCAUCUUUUUAAAGAAGGAAUUCGUCCUUUGUGGGAGGACUCGGCUAACUGCAAUGGUGGAAAAUGGAUUAUACGAUUCAAAAAGGCGGUCUCAGGUCGUUUUUGGGAGGAUCUGGUGCUUGCACUAGUGGGUAACCAAUUGGAUUAUGGGGAUAAUGUAUGUGGUGCGGUACUAAGCAUUCGGUUCAACGAGGAUAUAUUGAGUGUCUGGAAUCGCAAUGCAUCUGAUCACCAGGCUGUAAUGGCUUUGAGAGACUCAAUUAAGCGUCACUUAAAGCUUCCUCACAGCUAUGUUAUGGAGUACAAACCCCAUGACGCUUCUCUGCGAGACAAUUCUUCUUACAGGAACACUUGGUUGAGAGGCUAGAGGUACAACCGUGUUUGUCCGAGUUGCCUCUGCUGUAGCUAUUGUAUUCUGGUGCAGCUUCACGCUGCCUCCUUUUAAUCACUGGCCACAGUCUAAUGAUGGUGUUGGGUGUUUUCGAGACUGGUUCUGACUUUUGAAUUGACUGCUUUAUGCAGUUUCAUUUGGUUACUUGAGGAUUCACUCUAUAACUUGUGUUUGUUGUUAAAGAAAAACUCUAUAAUUUGUGUUUUGUCUUAGUUGUUGUAAAUAACGUUACUCCUAUUACUUUUCACCUUGCUGAAGGAAAGAAAUAUGGCUUUUUUCAUCCA